UCCCAACCCAACUUUCCCAACCCAACUUUCCCAACCCCAACUUUCCCAACCCAACUUUCACAAUCGAACUUUCCCAACCCAACUUUCACAACCCAACUUUCAUUAUCCAACUAUCCUGCAGUUAUUCCCCCACCCGGUGGCCGAUUACACGAACGUAAAAACAAACAAAACUUUCCUUGUUUUAAACCAACUUGAACCUGGGGCCGGAUAUUACAUUAGAAUUGCUGCCAUAAAUUCAGCAGGGCUUGGAACGUUUAUAAAGGAUGAGCUCAUUAAGGUUAUGGAAGAAACCCCUGGGCCCGUCAACAAUUUGCAAGUUUCUUCUUACAAUGCAACAACCGUAACCAUUUCAUGGCAACCCCCACUGGAGCCAAACGGGGAAAUAAUUUAUUACAAACUAACAGUUUACAAACAAAAUGUUUUAGCAACAAUUAUCAACUUUGAAAAGAAACAAAAUGAAAAUCAAUUUAAUUGUUUGUUGGACAAUGCCCCUAGAGAUGUCCUAUCCUCAUUCAUGCAACUGUUACUUCCAAACUCUUUGUUACAACACAAUCCAUCAACAACAUUAACAAAGGAAAGUGGUGAUGUCACAAUACAAGCAUUGUCGGAAAUUAUUACAUCACAGACGGAUAACAAUUCAACCAAAAAAGGAAAGCAAAGAACUUUGAGGUCGAUUGUAACGGAAACGAACGAAUAUUUUGAACCUCUGUGUCCGGUAGCAACCAUUGUGACAUCACUAAAGCCAUUUACCAAUUAUCGUUUCAAUGUCGUCGGUUGGACCGCCGUUGGGGAAGGAAUAGGGGUUGAUGUUAGCCACACGAUGCCACAAGAGAUUCCCGAGGGUCCACCACUAAAUGUCAGAGUGGAUUUAGCAACCGAUUCCACAAUAAGGGUUAUGUGGUCUUCCCCAGCAAAACCUAACGGGAUUGUUACAUACACAAUUAACAUUGAGCUUGGUAAUUGGGUUUAUCAGAGUAACACAACCUAUUAUGAUGUUACAAACCUCAAACCAUUUUCGACAUAUGCGAUCAAAGUUAAAGCGAUAACUAAAGUUGGUGAAGGGCCUUGGAGUAAUUGGAUAAUUGCGAAUACUUUAGAAGGAAGUCCAGAAUCUGUGAACAGUUUCAAUGUAACGAGCAAAACAUCACGUAACAUAACUUUGGUGUGGGAGCCACCACUUACACCUAAUGGUGUUCUGCUUGGAUAUUAUUUAAUUGUGGAAGAAAAUAAUCAUAUUGUGCGCUCAUAUUGGCUGGCUGAGAACAAUGGUGCCACAAGGGAAAUUCCUUCACAAAGUGAUGAUGUCAUACAAUUUGAUGAUGACAUACUUGGGGGAAAACUUGUGGAUUAUUCGAUGAAAAUUAAAACAAAAACAAUAUCGGAUCUCACACCACAUACCGCUUAUGCGUUCAAUAUAUUUGCGGCCACUGUUGGAGGAAACGGGUCACAAUUAACUCUUUAUGAUGUCACAUUGGAAGACAAACCAGAUUCACCCCCUUAUAACCUUUCUUAUUCCAACAUAACGUCAACAUCAGUCAAUAUAUCUUGGAUGGAACCUUUAAAGGCAAAUGGAGUUAUUACAAAAUAUACAGUUUAUAUUACCAAAGAUAAGUUACAAGAGACAAGCGUUACAGAAAGAUAUGCUGUUAUAUCAGGAUUGAACAUUUAUACAACUUAUGAGGUAUAUGUACGGGCUACCACCAAAGUAGGAGAUGGACCAUCCAGUAGCAAGAUGCAAAUCCACACCGAUGAAGACGUACCAGGUUCACCUGUACUUGAUGUGAAUUUCCAAAACAUUUCAUCAUCUGUUGUGAAAGUGACUUGGUCACCACCCUUAGUAACUAAUGGUGUUAUUCUUGGCUACACAAUAUUUUACUCCAACUUUACAACAUAUAACACGACGAGCAAAACAACUUCAGUCUAUCUUGAGAAAUUGAAAAUGUUUGCCAAUUACACAGUCAGGAUUGCCAGCCAAACAAGUAAAGGGUUAAGCCCAAUGUUGAGUGGAGCAAUAACCAUUCAAACCAUGGAAGGACAACCAAGCACUCCACCAUUUAACUUAUCUUAUACAAAUACAACUUCUUCUGUUAUACAACUUACUUGGUUAAAGCCUCUUGUACCAAACGGAAUUAUUCAGUUUUAUGAAAUAACUUUGCAAACACAGAACAACAAUACCAUCAGGAAAACAACACAAAGUUCCGAAACAAGCAAAACUAUCAAAGGAUUGAAGCCUUUCUCUUUAUAUUUAGCUAAUGUGCGUGCAAACACCAAAUAUGGGGAUGGGGGUCAAGCGUCUGCAACUUAUUUGAUAUAUACCAUGGAGGAUGCUCCAGGCAGCCAAGUGAUGAAUGUGAGUUACGUCAACCUAACAUCAACAUCUGUCAAUGUUUCAUGGCUGCAACCAGCUGAACCGAAUGGACGGAUAACCAAAUACAAAAUCGAAAGCAAACUUUUCAAAACAAAAGAAACAAACAAAACUUUUAUAACUUUAACCAAUUUAAAAAAAUAUACUGAAUAUAUUAUUUCAAUAUCUGCUUACACGAUGGCAGGGGAGGGACCGAGAGAAGUUGUUAAAAUUUGCACGGACGAAGACGAACCCAGUUCACCUCCCGAUGGAAUUUUCUUUCAUCAACACAAUUCAACCUCUAUCUCUCUAACAUGGAAUCCACCAUUAACACCCAAUGGUAUCAUCACUUUAUAUUCAGUGCACUACAGACAUGGAAACAAAAGUUUAAUAAGAACAACAGCGACCCCUGGAAUAACAUUGAAUAAUUUAAAGAAGUUUACAAGUUAUGAUGUUUACAUACGAGCAUCAACAAAGUUCGGGGACGGAAAUCAAACUUCCAAAAUAAAAUCGUUUAAAACUUUACACGACGCCCCCGCGGAUCCGCCACACGAUGUCAGAGUUGCAGCAAUAUCUUCGACAUCUAUCAACGUUACUUGGAGCCCGCCAACUACACCCAAUGGUUUAAUCCAAUUCUACACAGUUUAUUAUCAACAUAAUCCAUCCACUGUUCAAACAAAAAAUGUAACAAAAGGAAUGCAAGUAGUUAUCGGAAACCUCAGGAAGUUCACGAAUUACCUGGUGUGGGUUACCAGUAGCACAGCGUUGGGUGAUGGAAACCAAAUGAGCGAUGCAAUUAAAGUACAAACAUUAGAAGAUGUCCCUGGUCCUACUUCCAACCUAAACUGCACUGCAUUCAAUAAAUCCACAAUGAUGGUGAGUUGGGACCCACCAAUGGAAGCAAAUGGGAUUUUGCUUUCGUAUACAUUGAAGAUCAAUGAAGGGGAAACAAAGUUCUUCAACACAAACACAAACCAUUAUAUUUUAACUGACCUAACUCCAUUCACCCAAUACACUGCAUCAAUAUCCGCACAAACAACAGUUGGUGAAGGGCCAAUAUCUGUAUGUAAUACAACAACACUACAAUCUGUUCCAGAUAAGCCAUCACAGUUUAAGUUGGUAAGCUAUAACGAUACAUCAUCACUUGUAUCAUGGAAGAAACCAACCAAUGAAUAUGGUGUUAUAACCAACUACAUACUUGAACAUAUACACAAUAAUGUAACAACUACACAAAACAUCACACCUAUAAAUAAUAAAAUAAAUAUCUUGACUACAAACUUGCUGAAGCACAGUGAAUAUAAAACACGAUGUGCUGCAUUUACAAUCAAGGGUCAGGGAAAUUGGACAAGGUUUAUAACCUUCACAACUCUACCAGGAGUUCCAGAACAAAAGGUCCAGGAACUAUCUCCGCGUGUGGUUAAUUCUACAGCUAUCCGAGUAACUUGGCUGCCAGGACAACCAUUGACUGGUGUCACAUAUUUCAUGGUCAAUGUAUCAACAAAAACUUCGGUAAUUGUUGCAAAGAACGAAAGUUUAAACAAUGUGGAGAUAUUCAACUUACAACCGUAUACUGAAUAUAUCAUCAGCGUUACACCGCAUGUUUAUGGGGUUGACACACCAGGUCCAACUUCCUUGGUUACCGUGACAACCGACGAGGCGAAACCAUCUUCCCCCGUGCGUAACAUCAGUAUAAUAACCAUCACACAAACAACAGUGACAAUUACUUUCCUGCCACCAACAAAAUCCAAUGGAGUUAUUACAUCAUAUUCAAUUAUGACAUCACUUGAUCACAAACAAUUAGUGAACGGAAGCCAUACUAAAAUCAAGCUUGAAAAUUUGAAACCAUACAAGGUUUAUAACGUAACAGUGAUGCCUUAUACAAAGAUGGGGAAAGGCCCUAAAGCGAUAUUAACAUUUCAAACACUGGAGGGUGUACCAGAGGACUCGCCACAAAAAGUUCAGAUCACCAACAUAACCGACCAAUCAGCUUCCUUGCAUUGGGAACCGCCCACUUUACCAAACGGGAUAAUUAGAACUUACACAAUCAGUUAUCAAAGCAAUGAAAGCCAAAGAAACUUUAACAGCUCUAAAACACAAGUUCAACUGACCAAUUUAGCUCCAUUCACAAAUUAUUCACUUCAACUAUAUGCUUGGACAACACGCGGUAUGGGUAAACUACCAAGCAGAGUUUUAUAUUUUACAACACAUGAAUCAGAACCAAGCGCUCCUACAAACCUAGAGUGCAAAAUAUAUGAUAACUAUAAAAUCCUAGUUACCUGGGAUUUGCCUUUAUUGAGCAAUGGAAGGGUUAUUGCUUAUAAACUUUCCCACUCCGUCCUCAACGACACGCAAACAUAUUUUGUUAAACCUCCACAAAUCAACCAAACAUUGCAACACCUUCAACCUUUCACUGAAUAUUUCAUCAGUGUCAAUGCGAAAACUUCCGCUGGAUGGGGUCCGAGUGCAACAUGUAACAUUACAACAGGAGAAGGAUACGCUACAGCGCCACAAGAUUUAAAUAUAAACAAAACAAGUGACGUAACAAUAACAAUUCAAUGGAACAAACCAAACAAUGUAAAUGGAAGACUUAAUGGUUACGUCAUAAUGUACAUACCAUUUGACGCCUGUCAACCAAACUCUGGAAUAUUGAAUAAAACCAGAUGCAUCUUAUCAACAAAUAAAACUUGGACAACUUUGAUUGGAAUGAAACAGCACACUGAAUAUAAGAUAUCAGUGUUUGCAACCACGGGACGUGGGUUGGGCGCCCCGAGUAAUAUAAGUGUAAGAACAUUAGUGGGAGUUCCAGAACAUUCGGUGGAGAACCUUCAGGCGAUUGUGACGUCAUCAACGACUGUUAACGUCACGUGGGAAAGUCCCGAAUCGUUUGCUGGACCAACGACUUAUAAAGUAGAAGCUUUUCAUUCAACGACGAUGCAGAGGGUGACAAGUCCACUAUUGACGUCAUCAACGCAUAGUUACGUCAUGAGCGGCUUGGACGAAGAUUCUAUUUAUGGUGUAACAGUGAGCACUAUGACGUCAGUUGGACAACUUUCUUCAAAGCCAGUUGUCAUUAUGACGUAUGAAGAUGUUCCUUCAGAUUUCCCGCGUGACGUCAACGUUGCCAUAGUGAUGGGAAACUCGUCAUCGGUUCGAGUUUUAUUCAAACCCCCACGUGACCCCAAUGGAGUUUUAACAAAUUAUACGAUUCAGUUUAAACGGCUUGAGAACUCUGAAAGCAGAAACGCGAUUAUUCCGGUUAGCGAUUUAGUGGAGCCCACGUCAAAUAAUGUGCCUUAUUACGUCACAAUCAACGGUUUGUUGGGAGGUCGAUUGUAUAAAUUUCGCGUUCGUGCCGCGACUGCAGUGGGUGCCGGGCCUUGGUCAUUAUGGACAACAGACGUCCAACUACCAAUUACCGCGCCUCCAGUGCCGGCGUUGCUACCGGAAGUUAUUAUCCAACAAGACAAAGCGAUUGUGACGUCAUCAUCUGUUAUUGUGAAGAAACCAUGCGUUUUCUCCGAUGACAAUGGACCGCUUAAGAGUCUAAGUGUAAUAGUUGCACAAGAGGGGGCGACGCUUGACGCUGAACCAACUUAUUGGGCGAAGGCUUAUAGUGAGGAGCCUUCACCACCGUAUAAGGUUAUUGUAACUGAAGAACCUCAAAGUUAUUGCAACUCCAGAAACAAACGAUCAACACAAACCAACAAUGGAUUCGUCAUCGGAACUUCCGAUUGUUCUCGUUUGUCGACGUCACAAUGCAAUGGACCACUGAAAUCAAACACAGAAUAUCGGUUUAAAUAUCGAGCCGAGGCCAACAACGGCCUGAUGACAGACACCGAAUAUUCCGAAGUUUUCCGAACUAAUCCGAGCUUUAUCGAAGCGCAUAUGACGUUGUUAGUGUCGAUUGGGGCAGCACUUGGGAUAUUUAUUAUACUUCUGACUAUAUCGGUCGCAUUGUUACGACGGCGGAGACGAAAUCAAAUCCCAAAUGGAAAUGAAUCAUUAAAAACGAUGGGUCCCAUUGAAACGAUGGGUCCCAUUAUUGAGGAGAAAUCUAAGGUUCCUGUGAUGGAAUCUAGUGUUCAUUCAAACGUGGCGUUUGUUAUGGAUGAUUCAAGAGAUAUGAAAGAUACAGCCAGGUCGCCUUCAAUAAAUGAAUUCUCAAGACCCGUUGCUGUGACCGACUUUUCGUUGUUGGUGGAAAAAUUAUCACAAAACAAAAAUAAAGGUUUUAGUUCAGAAUUCGAUGACAUUAGGGGAAUACCCUAUGCUGGUACUACAUCUGUAGCAGAAAAAGCUUGUAAUAAAACGAAAAACAGAACGGCUAAGCUAGUACCUUUUGAUCAUUGUAGAGUCAAGAUAGAAGGAAUACCUGCUGUGGAAGGUUCAAAUUACAUCAAUGCUUCCUAUGUACCGGGUCCCCAUAGUCCCGAACAGUACGUGGCCACCCAAACACCUCUGGAUCACACAAAGAAAGAUUUCUGGAGGUUAAUUUGGGAGACGGGUUCAAAUACCAUUGUGAUGUUAUGCAACGUCAUGGAGGGAGGAAAGAAGAGAUGCAGUGAGUAUUGGCCGAAAAAACAAACUGAAUAUUUUGGAAACUUGGCAAUUCAGAUGACCAAGCAGGAUGUAUGCAAGGAUUGGAUUGUUCGACACUUUUCUGUAACAAUGCGGGACAAAGUUCGUCAUGUGACGCAGUUUCAAUUCAUGAAUUGGUCAGUAGUGGAACAGGGAAACCCCCUUCCAUUGGUGCGAUUUAUUAAAAGUUAUCGGACAACGCGUCACAAUGAGUACAAACCAACCAUUGUUAUGUGCAGCAACGGUAGUGGUCGAAGCGGCGUUUUCAUUGGUUUGGACAAAAUCGUUGAUACUAUGACAUCAUACAUCGACGUGUUUGGGACAGUUGCGUCCCUGAGGAAGUAUCGGCCGUUUAUGGUUCAAACCCUGACUGAAUACAUCGUAAUGCACCAAUGCAUCGUGAACUUCAUUGAUGAUGUCACAAUAGAACAACCAACAGGCGACGGUUUGGAAGAAACAAUAUUUUAAUCAUGUAAUCUGUAUAUAUUAUAGUGGCUUAGCUAUUAACACUCAUUGUAAAUAAACUAAUCAAUU